AUCGGCGUGAUCGAUUCAAUUGACUCGCCUCCACCACAAUCCGGCGACCAAGGAGAUCUGUGGUCGUGCGGGAGAAGAAGAAGAAGAACGCCGAGAAAUCGAAGCUUAUCUCUCAUAAAGUAUCUAACUUUACUGAUCAUAGCUUUAGGUUUAGGAUUCUCUAUCAGUUGCUUGUGUGUGCUUGGGAUGGAUCUGGAGACUGAAAAUCGAAUAGCUUCGGUUCUGUUAAGAGAAGCAGCAGAGUUGAGGAGACGAGCUGAAAGAGAUGGUGUCCGAGCUUAUCUUGAGAAGCCUAUUGUAAGGCAUCGUCCUAACUCGAGGUUUCUCACUGCAACCGUCCUUGGUGUUCAGCAAUCAAACAGAGCGGUGGAGACCAAUGAGAUGUGGAAGGCUCGGGAGAAAGAGAUUGAGCUAGAGAGCGAGAGACGCAAAAGAAAAUCAAGAGAGGAAAGCAGUAGUAGCCGAAUGAAGCGGAGUAGUUUGGAUAAGAGAUGUAGUUCCAGUAAUGAUGAGAAAAAGGUCACACAUCCAUCGGACGAUGAGGAUGAAGGUUUAGGAGAUGAUGAGAUUGAGUCUUUUCUCCAGUCACGGAACAAACGUGGUAGAGGGUCUAUUGGUCCUAGGAUGGAUGAAACUGGACCUUAUCUUCCCGCCGAGAAGGUUGAUGAGUUGCAAAGUUCUGGUACAAGGGAAUGGAAGGUAGUCUUGGGUCCAGAGAGACCACCUUCUCAGAGACAGCAUUCAGAUGACAAGGAGCCUGGUCGGAGAAUUAAAAAGUACUCAAAGAAAGACAAGAAAACAAAGAAGAAGAGAAAACGUGACAAACACUAGAGGUUUAUUGUAGUUGUAGAUGCUCUGUUGACAGUUCUUGCUCCAGCUUUAGUUCUGAACCAUUUGUAAACUAUAUACAAUUUGCAACUACAUCUUCUCAAUCUCGCUGUGAACUACUGCCAACAACUGAUCCGAACCUGUGGCUUAACUUAGGGUCUCUCUUGGACCUCUUUUUGAGUGAAUUUGUUGUAUUUGAGCAAA